GAGAGAUGUGCAGAACGGCCGUGGCGCGUCGCGGGUGCCAGUCCGUCACGCAACAACGAGUUUUGUUCUCGAGGAGCUCAACCGAGGGCUCGUUUUUAAUAUUAGAUAGUUUUUUUGUUCAUGAACAACAUUACUAUUGGAAUUAUGAGACUUAUUUAUUGCUCAGGUGGUUCUCGAGUCGUUGUGUGUCUUUAGCCUAAUGCAUGAUAUUAGUUUACAGACGCCUCUGCAGAGCCAUUGAGAAUCAUCAUGAAGUUGCGGACACCUGUCCUCUUUUCGUCGAUGUGUGCACUUUGUCUCGGCACCAUCCCGGGUGAGUUUGGAUCUCUGGCUGAGAUGGAGGACCUCCUGUUGAGGAACCUGUUCCAGGGGUACCAGCGCUGGGUCCGGCCCAUCCAGCACGCCAACGACACGGUCACAGUACGCUUCGGACUCAAGAUCUCACAGCUGGUGGACGUGGAUGAGAAGAACCAGCUGAUGACUACUAAUGUGUGGCUGUGGCAGGAGUGGAUAGAUUAUAAACUGCGAUGGAACCCUGAGGACUAUGGUGGGAUCACAUCGAUCAGAGUUCCAUCGGAGACUAUCUGGCUGCCCGACAUCGUGCUCUAUGAGAAUGCUGAUGGGCGGUUUGAGGGCUCCCUGAUGACCAAAGCCAUCGUUAAGUCCAAUGGGAAGAUCACGUGGACCCCUCCGGCCAGCUACAAGUCAGCCUGCACUAUGGACGUCACCUUCUUCCCCUUCGACAGACAAAACUGCUCCAUGAAGUUUGGCUCCUGGACCUACGAUGGUAACAUGGUGGACAUGAUCCUGUUAGAUGAUUAUGUAGACAGGAAGGACUUCUUCGACAACGGAGAGUGGGAGAUCCUGAACGCCACAGGGGCCCGAGGAAACCGGAGGGACGGGAUGUAUUCCUUCCCCUUUAUAACGUACUCUUUCAUUCUGAAACGUCUCCCGCUGUUCUAUACACUCUUUCUUAUUAUUCCGUGUCUCGGUCUGUCGUUCCUGACCGUGCUGGUGUUCUAUCUUCCUUCGGAUGAAGGGGAGAAGCUCUCUCUCUCCACCUCCGUCCUUGUGUCGCUCACUGUGUUCCUCCUUGUCAUAGAAGAGAUCAUCCCAUCUUCCUCCAAGGUCAUCCCCCUCAUCGGGGAGUACCUCCUCUUCAUCAUGAUCUUCGUCACUCUCUCCAUCAUCGUCACGGUGUUUGUCAUCAACGUGCACCACCGCUCCUCAACCACCUACCACCCCAUGUCCCCCUGGGUUCGCUCCCUCUUCCUUCAGAGGCUACCCAGUAUGCUGUGCAUGCGGGGCCACACCGACCGGUACCACUACCCAGACCUGGCACCGGAGAGCCCCGAGCUGAAGCCCCGGUCUGGGGGCCGGACAGGGGAUCAGAGGGGGAGCGGGUGGACCCAUGGACAGAGUCUUCUGGAGGGGAAGGAGGAUGAGAGUCAGGCCUGGGUCACCAUGCUGGAGAGAGCUACGUACUCAGUGCGCUACAUCAGCCGCCAUUUACGCAAGGAACACUUUAUCAGAGAGGUUGUGCAGGACUGGAAGUUUGUGGCUCAGGUUCUGGACAGGAUCUUUCUGUGGGCCUUCCUCACCGUGUCGGUCCUGGGGACCAUCCUCAUUUUCACCCCUGCCCUGCAUAUUUUCCUUAGUACCCCUCCGCAGUCCGGUCCUAGCACCCCCCUCUAACUCAUUCCCCUCCCCAGUCCGGACCCAGGACCCCCCUCUAACUCAGCCCCCUCCCCAGUCCAGACCCAGCACCCCCCUCUAACUCAGCCCCCUACCCAGUCCAGACCCAGCACCCCCCUCUAACACAGCACCCUCCUACGAAUCACCCUCUAUGAUGCUAAUUCCCCAAACUGAAACUGAAACUGAGUCCAGGACACCCUACCAACAACUCAACCCUGACCCCCAGCCUGGAUCUAUAGCCCCUUCUAUGUCUCUAGUUUCUCCUGAGCUUUUCAGCCAACUAGCUAUGGUCAGACUCAGCAUAGCCGACUGUUGAGCUAUGCCCUGCCUUCCCCUGCCUCACCUUGAGUCAGAAUAGCACAUCAUCACCAUGCUAGAGAAGAUAUGCUAUAGAGCCUUUACUCAUAUUUACAUAUUACACUAUCUUUAUGACAGAGUUCACUCAAUCUACAGAAAACGAAUUACAAAUAUUAGCUUGUCUCAAAGCCACAAUAUGAUGUACAGUAAUGUAGCAUUCUAAAGCACAAACUUUGACUGAAAUACUUUGAAUUAGUGUAAUAUUUACAAUAUAUUCUCUGUAGUUACCAACAACAUUAUACUUAGUUCUACCUGACCCUUCUUCUCAAAACCGUUAUCGCCUUGUGACCCAACUAUUGUGGUCUUAGUUAGUGUAGCUUAGUUUGUCUGUGAGUAGAAUGGUGGCAGCGUCCAGACCACUCUGAUUGGAUGACCAGUGUUCUAUUUGUGGUGAUUAGUUGAGGGACCUCAUUAGCUAGGGAUUGUUUGGGUUCUGUUUGUUUUGUUUGUUUGAUUCGUGUGUUGCGUCCUUUGUGACUUUUAUUUCACACUAGUUUGAGCACUUCAUCAACUAGUUAAUUAUAAUAAAUGAUUAUUCAAGUACAAUGUAUAGACGACUGUUUUCCCCCAUUGAGGUCAAUUAUGUGAUUACUGUUAAUGAAUAUAAUGAGCAACACAAUGAAUCAAACUCUACAGACCAUCGUUUUGAUGUCCGGAUG